UCCUGGUUCCGGGCGGAGGCUGCCGAAAGGCAUGAUGGAGAUAGGUAGUUAAAAGCCGGGCUGGAAGGAGCCGCUACAGACAGACACAAUACACACAGAGAGGAUCGGCCCGGGCGGCAUGAACCCAAUUUGAAGAAUUUUAAAAUGGGAGAUGCUGCAAAACAAACUAAAAAGGGUGCUUUUAUGGAUGAGGAAGAAUUGCAGAGAAGUUCUUUCAAGCACUAUGCAAACAAUGAAGCACAUGGAAACACCUAUGUGGAGAAACCUCAGCGAGGCCUCCCAAAGAAAGGGAUUCCAAUAAUACAAAGUAGCAACCCCAGAAACGGGCCUCGUCCGAAUACUUCAAAAAAUUUUAGUCAGAGUCCUAGUGGCAGAAUGGUCUUCCACCAAAAAAAUGGUGUUCGGAGAUGGGCUGCUGAGGAACAGCGAGGUUAUUCAGAGAAUUGGAGAGAUCGUGGCUCUAUUCAUACAUUUAGUCAAUCUAGAAAGGAUUUCACACGCGAAGUUGAAGAUGAUAUCCGGAAGCAGGAUGCUGAAGAGCGAAGUAAUAGAGGAAUAAGGCAACCAGGGCAGAAGAAGCAAACUAAAGAUGCAUCUGAGUCACACAGUCAAGGACUAGACCAUUCGCUACAAGGAAAACCAAAGAAUGUGCGGAGGCGCUGUCAGUCCGAGCUCGAUGAAGAUGACUACCAGGAUGCGCCAGUCAAAGAGGAAGAAACCAUGUCCCAGACAGAAUUGCAGGCUAUCAAGGAGGCUGAGGAAGGCCUCAAGCAAGACUGUAUCUACAGGCUCAAAAGACGUCCUCGGAGGUGUCCCUCAGCAAAUUAUACUUGUAAGCUAUGUGAUGUUCUCAUUGACUCUCUGUCAUCAGCGCAGAAGCAUACGAAGGAUAGGAGACACAGGAGAAAUGUAAAAGAAAGGAAAGAAGAACAACUUCUGACUACUCUACCUCCUCCAACAUUACCUCAGAUAGAAGCAAUUGGCACAGCCAUUGAUAAAAUCGAAAAAGAGCAUGGACUGAAUGCAGAAGAUCUAGCUGAAAGACUUGCUAUUCUGAAAGCCAUGGAAACACACAUUCAACAGAAGCUUCCAAGUUGUUCAUUGCGACUUUAUGGAUCAUCCUCCACCAGAUUUGGUUUCAGAAAAUCUGAUUUAAAUAUAGACAUAAAGUUUCCACCUAGUAUGAAACAACCAGAUGUACUCUUGCUUGUUCAUGAAAAACUAAAGGAAAGUGAUAUGUUUACAGACUUUGAGGUGGAUUACCAUGCCAGAGUGCCUGUUGUGGUCUUCAAGGAAAGGAAAAGUGGUCUCCUGUGUAAAGUGAGUGCAGGCAAUGAAAACACCUGUCUGACCACUGAACUGCUGGCAGCACUGGGCAGACUAGAACCAAGACUUAUUUCAUUGGUUGUUGCUUUCCGAUAUUGGGCAAAGCUAUGUUGUAUCGAUAAACCUGAGGAAGGGGGGUUACCGCCAUAUGUGUUUGGCCUCAUGGUGGUUUUCUUCCUGCAGCAAAGAAAAGAACCUCUUCUCCCUGUAUAUUUUGGAACAUGGGUUGAAGGAUUCACCAUUCCCAAACUAAGCCAAUUUAACCUGGUAAAAACAGAGGAGAAUACUGUGGUGUGGGAGCAUACUGCUAAUGGAGACCAAGAGAAUCCUUCCCAUGAAUACCUUACAAAGGGAAAUGCUCCCUUGGCUUUUGCUGCUGACCUAUUGUGUCUAGUAUCAAUUGGGCAACUCUGGGUUGAAAUGCUGAGGUUCUAUGCACUGGAAUUCAACGUGGCAGACUUUAUUAUCAGUAUUCGUGUCAAGGAAAAGCUUUCUAGGGAAUCUAAGGAUUGGCCGAAAAAACGAAUUGCUGUUGAGGAUCCGUACUCUGUAAAACGAAAUGUGGCUAGAUCCAUGAACAGUCAGCUUGUAUAUGACUACAUGAUUCACUGCUUGAAAGCAACAUACAAAUACUUUGCUAUGCCCCAAAAAAAUAUUGCACAGUCCAGUGCAAAGCCUGUGACUCGUAGUAAAGUUUCCAACAAAGAUGGGCAUUCAAAAGUUCCCAAUCAGACACCAGAUACCAACAAUAUGACUGCUAUAAAUAAAAAACUGGAAAACUUGGUGCUGGGUGGUGCUUCUUCUUGCAUAAGUGAGACAGUCCAACAAUCACAGCUAAGUGAGGUUGAUGGCAUGUGUGGCCUCAUAAAGGAAAAUCAGGUGUUUGAUUCAACAAAUCUUAGUUCUGCAAUUGAUGAGGAUGAUGACUACAUUACUGAAGAGGUUAACCUAUGCAAUCUUGAGGAGUCUCUUCUAAGUUGUGAAGAAUUAGAAAGUGAUCCCGAAGAAUCUGAAGAUGACGAUAUCCCAAAUGAAAACCGUAAAGGAAAUUUCCCAAGAACUGCUCAAAGUUUAGAUGACGAUAGUGAGAAUGGAGAAGACAUUGAUGCAGUUAAUGAGGAGACAGACAGCCUGUCUGAUUGUGAGGUUGUUGCCAACAUUGUAACAGAGAGCGAUGAAUUUGGUUCAGAUCGAUGCAGAAGACUUGCAGGCAAAAUUGAUUUAGACGAGGAAAGCUUAGAUGAACUUGAAGAUCCUUCUCACGACUUGGCGACACAAGAUUUUGGCCACACAGAUCUAAAUAUCUCUGAGGCUGAUGAAGUCGGUGUGGUUCUGGAGCGACCUCAUCUUGAUAGUCUUACUGCUGAUUUUGAUUAUACUUUCACUGGUUUAGCAGAUGACGUCUUAUCUGAAGAUGACCUUGCAGAAAACAUCACUGCUACUUGCCUCAAAGACCUUCCUUUACACCUUGACGUGGAUGUUCCAGUAACAGAGUCUAUACAAAUUGAAACCGCAAAGCCUCUGGAUAAGGACACGCUGUUUUAUGAAUUUAACAAACCAAUCUUCACAAAAGGCAAGCUGCCUACAGUUGUGUGUAACGUGUGCAAACGCGAAGGUCACCGAAGAAAAGAUUGUCCAGAGGACUUUAAAAAAAUUGAGCUUGACCCACUGCCUCCACUUACAGAUAAAUUUCGAAAGCUUUUGGAUCACGUUUGCAUCAAGUGUUAUGAUGAUUUCUCCCCGUCAGCCCUAGAGGAUACAGCGCGUGAACGUAUCCGUCUGGAUUUGGAAGAAUUAAUUAAGCGUGAAUUUCAAGGAGCAAGACUUAGUUUAUUUGGAUCUUCCAAAAAUGGAUUUGGGUUUAAACAGAGUGACCUAGAUAUUUGCAUGACUAUUGAUGGCAUUGAAAAUGCAGAGGAUUUGGAUUGCAUAAAAACUAUUGAAGACUUGGCAAGACUUCUUCGAAAACACCAAGGACUCCGAAACAUUUUGCCUAUUACAUCUGCUAAAGUGCCAAUUGUAAAAUUCUACCAUGGAAGGAGUGGCCUUGAAGGAGACAUCAGUCUGUACAAUACAUUGGCUCUUCAUAACACUGAAUUACUCGCGUCUUAUGCUGCCAUUGAUCCACGAGUCAAAUACCUUUGCUACACCAUGAAGGUCUUUACCAAAAUCUGUGACAUUGGAGAUGCUUCAAGAGGCAGUCUAUCAUCUUAUGCAUAUACUCUAAUGGUGCUAUUUUUCCUUCAACAAAGGAAUCCACCCGUCAUCCCUGUUCUCCAAGAGAUCUACAAAGACAAAAAGCCAGAAAUUCUUGUUGAUGGUUGGAAUGCAUACUUUUUUUCACAACUAGAUGAAUUGAGACAUUAUUGGCCUGAUUUUGGAAAAAACAAAGAAUCUGUUGGCGAAUUGUGGCUUGGCCUUCUCCGUUACUAUACAGAAGAUUUUGAUUUUAAAGAGCAUGUCAUCUGUAUCAGAAGAAAAAGCUUGCUGACUACCUUUAAGAAGCAAUGGACAUCAAAGUAUAUUGUUAUUGAAGACCCUUUUGAUCUCAACCAUAACCUUGGGGCUGGGUUGUCACGGAAGAUGACAAAUUUUAUUAUGAAGGCUUUUAUCAAUGGAAGGCGUGUAUUUGGUACUACUGUAAAAGAUUUCCCCAAGGAAUAUCCAAGCAAAAUGGAAUACUUUUUCGAUCCAGAAGUAUUGACUGAAGGGGAACUUGCUCCCAAUGACAGAUGUUGUCGAAUUUGUGGUAGAAUUGGACAUUUUAUGAAAGAAUGCCCUAAAAGAAGAAACAGAGUAAGAAGGCGACAAAAUGAAGGUGCUAUAAACCAAAGAUAUAUCGAUAAAAGGACACCAAGGAAAAUUGAAGAUGGGGGAAAUAAAAAUAUACCCAGUGAAAACUUUUGUAUAGAUGGAAAACCAAACGGCAAUCAGAAAAGCCCCUGGCUUGGAGGUAGAGCAACACAUGAAACUUCCAGAGAUAGAAAAACCACUAAUGAAAAAUGGAGGUGGCAAGAAGAUAGAGAACUUAGGGAGAAGCGUUGCUUUAUUUGUAGAAGAGAAGGCCACAUUAAGAAAGACUGUCCUCAGUUGAAAGGGUUAGCAGGAAGUCCUGAGUCUGAUGUUCUGUGUGGAUCUCCUUCUGCUUCAAGCCCUUUAAAAAAUCAAGCCAGAUUCAAUCAGGUGAUGUCGUCACAAGAAGAUAAAAAGAACCAGAAAGUAGUAUUCACUCCUCAGUCAGGCAGCCUCUCAAGUAAAUACAUGUCUCAGGGAAAAGCCUCCCAGAAGAGGGCAAUACAAGAAUCUUGAAGGGAGAAGUUUACUGCCAGAGAUUGAUUUAUCCGUCCAUGUGUAUGCCUCUGUGGAUUUUUUUGGAAAUGAAGUUUACUUUUGUAAAGCAUCUCGGUUAUUGGGCAGCAGUAAUGAAGAGACUUUAAUUAAAACUAAAACAAUUUUUUUUUUUAAACUUUUAAUUUUUACUUUUUAAAGACAUUGAGUUUUUCAAAUUGAGAAUCCCUGUUUUAAUGCAGUCCUCUUACUGUGACAACUGUUCUUAAUUUAUUUUUAUUUGACAAUUUUAACAGAAAGCCAUGACAUCCAUGUUUGUUUACAAAGAAAGCUGAUGGUUGGCUCAUAGAGUGUAUACAUCGCUGGCUCGUUCAAUUUUAAUUGCAGAGUAAAUCAUAAAAUGUCCUCUGUUUUGUGCGCAGAUUUAAAUAAUUUCUUGGAUUUUUUUUUUUUUUUUUUUCCUCCACAACAGAAAUAUUUUUGAAAGGUAAAUGAUGUUUAUUGUUUACUUUAUGUAAAAUUGUGGACUGCUGAUGUAUUUACAUACAUGAUUUUAUUAUAAUGAACGCUAUGUGGGAGAAAA